GGGAGGUUAAAGAGCAUGAGAGGGGAUGGAGCAAGGACAGUGAGAAGGUACAAGAUGGUUCACUUUUCUUGAUCUGUCGGAUCACUUGUUAUUAACUCUGAUUGUUGGUGAAGCACAUCAUUGCUACACUUGACAGGAUCCGACUUUUAGUCAAGACCCAGGGAGAGGAAAAUGGGAACUCUUUGCAUCGCUCUUGCUCUUUUGCUCGUCUUGUGCGUGCCUGUACGAGCUCAAUGGUGGAGUUUCAGCUGGGCGAGGCCGAGGAGCAGCCCUAACCCCGCUCCUCCAUCCAUAACUUCACCGAGCCCUUCGAACGUGCCCGCGACAACAGCGUGGGUGGCACAUGAGGACGAGACAACAGGGACCACUUUCACUCGUGCGAUCCAGACUGGGAUGUCUACUCUUAGCAGAGCAGGGUACACGUCUUUCCGUGGAACGCUACCUCCAGAUGUUCCUACAGUUGUGAUGGUCAGUAAUGCCAGAUCCCAUUUCAAACCACUGAAACACUGGAAGACGGAGCAAAGCUCCGGAAGUCAUCUGGAUUUGACAGAGCUCAUUGGCGUCCCACUCCCACCUUCUGUGUCCUUCGCUCCCGGCUUUGAGGGCUUUCCAGCGUACAACUUUGGGCCCGACGCCAAUAUAGGCAGGCUCACCAAGACCUUCGUGCCAGGCUCAUUCUACAUCGACUUUGCCAUCAUUGUCACGCUCCGCCCAGCCAGCCAGAGAGGAGGCAUGCUCUUCGCCAUCACAGAUGCCCAUCAAAAGGUGGUUGAGCUGGGCUUGGCCCUCACUCCGGUCCACGCAGGUUUCCAGAGCAUCUUAUUAUACUACACUGACAGUGAGCAGCCAUCCCAUAGCCAGAAAGCUGCUGCCUUCAGUGUCCCAGACAUGACGGACCAGUGGACUCGCUUCACUGUUGUGGUGGAACACAACGAGGUGCGUCUCUACAUGGAUUGCGGCGAAGCCGAGAGGACGACUUUCCAUCGAAGGCCAGAAAGACUCACUUUCUCACACAACUCUGGCAUUUUUGUUGCAAAUGCAGGGAGCACGGGACUUGAGAAGUUUGUGGGAUCCAUUCAGCAGCUGGUAAUCAAAGAUGAUCCCAGGGCAGCUGAGGAACAGUGUGAGGACGACGACCCUGAUGCUUCUGGAUAUGCCAGUGGCGAUGAUGGUCUGGAUGACAGAGAGACAGAAGAAGAAAAGAUCAAGAAAACAGAAGGAAGGAAGCAUGGGACAGCACAGGAAAAUACUGCUCCAAUUAGACAGCCACCCACAGAGGCACCAAAGUUGGAGAGUGACGAAUAUUCGAGUCACCAGACCGCAAUGGAGGCCAACCAAAAAGUCUUGCUAAGAGGGCCUCAACAGACAGACGAGCCCGGGGAAGCAUCUGAAGAUGUUGUUGUCAAGCACACCUUAAAAGGAGAGCCAGGGGAGCCGGGACCACCAGGCUCACCUGGCCCGCCAGGGCCCACUCUUCUACCGAAGCAAACUCACCCUGGGUCAAGGGGUCCACAAGGUCCACCAGGAAUCCCUGGAAAGCCGGGGAGAGAUGGACAGCAGGGAAUGAAGGGGGACAACGGCGAUGCAGGUCAGAGAGGACCUCAAGGAUUUCCAGGUUUGGAUGGAGAUGCUGGAGUCAAAGGAGAUAAGGGAGAUCCUGGAGUUGGUUUGCCCGGCCCACCGGGCCUUCCUGGGCCUCCAGGACCACCCAGAUCACGCAGUGUAUCUUAUGGAGAAGAUGCCCUGGGUUCUGGCUUUGAGGACCUGGACAGCGAUACGGAGCUCAUUAGGGGUCCUCCUGGAGCACCAGGGCCACCAGGACCACCCGGUCCCCCUGGGACCAACCCUUCAUCAGCUGACAUUGUUGAGGGCCUCUCUCACACAUACUCUGGGCCACAUGGUGCCCCUGGUAAAAAUGGACUCAAAGGCCAACCAGGAAUCCCAAUGUUAAAGGAUGGCUUUAGUGGUUCUGGGUCUGGUGGUUCAGGUUUGAGCACAGAGUUGUACUCUGACCUUGGCUCUGGUUUCAGUUCUGAUUCUGAGUCCAGUUUUGCCUCUGGGACCGGACUUGACUUCGACUCUGCUUGGGUAUCGGGCGAGGGUCUAGCAGGAAACGAUGGGGCUCCAGGACUCCCUGGAGCUGUGGGAGAAAAGGGUGACAGAGGUUUACCUGGACCAAAGGGUGAAUGUGGAUCGGCAGGCAAUGCAGGGUCUCGGGGACCUCAAGGGAUGAGCGGUCCACCAGGAAAAAGAGGCCCACCGGGUCCACCGGGACCCCCUGGUCCCCCCAGUCCAGCAGAAACCAAAUUCUUUGCUGAGGAUAUGGAAGGAUCUGGCAAGAGCGACAUGCUCAUUGGAGCAAGAGUCCCGGGUCCACAGGGUGCACCUGGUCUUCCCGGUUCACAAGGUCCCAAGGGUGAGGUUGGAGCCCCAGGUCCACCGGGGCACUCCAUCAAGGGUGAGGGAGGUGACCCGGGAACAGUGGGUUUGCAGGGCCCUGCUGGACUACCAGGUCCCAGGGGGUUUAAAGGAGAAAAGGGUAGGCCAGGGGAAAAGGGUGAUUGUGGUGCAGAUGGUCUCGACAUCACAGGACCACCUGGACCUCCUGGACCUCCUGGACCUGUCAUUAAUCUGACAGAUUUGCUGCUCAAUGUCACAGAGAAUAUAUUCAAUUUCACAGAGAUCAGAGGACCACCAGGGCCGUUGGGACCCGAGGGCUUGCCUGGUAAAGCUGGAUUUCCUGGCCCCAGAGGACCAAAGGGAGACAUGGGCCCUCCAGGUAUCCAGGGGCCAGCAGGGCUCAAGGGAGCAAAGGGAGAGCCAGGUGUGACCAUUGCUGCAGAUGGAUCAUUUCUAUCUCCACCAAGAGGCCCCCAUGGGCCCAAAGGCAUCAAGGGCGCUCGUGGAUUGCAUGGACCUGCAGGACCCAUUGGCCCGCAUGGACCUCCUGGACAAAAAGGAGAAUAUGGAUUCCCUGGACGUUCUGGACGACCUGGAAUGCCCGGUAGGAAAGGGGAAAGAGGAGAUUCUGUUGGCCGACCAGGACCCCCUGGUCCACCUGGUCCACCUGGACUUCCAGGAAGAAUUCUUGGAUUGAAUGGAACAGUGUUCCCCAUGCGCCCCAGACCGCACUGCAAAAAGGGAAGAGAUUCGAAUAACGGGGUCAAUAUUGCUAAAGCUAAAGGAGAAAAAGGAGAGGUUGGAAUACCUGGAGAGCCAGGGACCCCUGCCCCUGAGUUUCCAAACAGAACUGUGGGCGCUAAAGGCGACCAGGGAUCCGAAGGUCAGCAGGGCGAAAAGGGUGACAUAGGCCCUCCUGGUCCUCCAGGACAACCAGGGCGGUCAGGACCUGUGGGUCCUAAGGGAGAGUCAGUCAUUGGCCCUCCAGGUUCUCCCGGUUCUCCGGGCCAACGUGGAGCCCCCGGGUUUGGGCGUCCAGGUCCCAGAGGGCAACCUGGCCCUGCGGGACCCCCAGGACCACUUCCUGCUUUUGAAGCGGGUGUCAGUGUCCCAGGUCCUCCCGGUCUUCCUGGCCCCCCAGGUAUUUCAAACCUGGUGACCACCUACGAGACAAUUCAUGCUCUGACCAGAGAGACCCACCGCACUCCGGAGGGGACGUUGGCGUAUGUGUCUGAGCGCGGCGGAGAGCUUUAUAUCAGAUCACAGAGCGGCUGGCGCAAAGUUCAGCUUGGAGAUUUGAUCCAAUCUGAGCCGUCGCCCUGGUCAGCACCACAGGCCCACAACAAACCCGGAGAAUGGAGCCGACCACACAGGAGCCACAGCCGGGAGCUGCAUGAGGCCAUUAGAGGAUAUCAGCCCAGUUUUAACAUACAGCCACAGACCAACGCUGUUGCUGGGCUCCAUCUCGUGGCUCUGAACACCCCAUUGAAAGGGGAUAUGCGAGGGAUCCGCGGUGCCGACUUCCAGUGCUACCAGCAGGCACGGGCCGUGGGGCUGACGAGCACAUACAGGGCCUUCCUGUCCUCGCACCUCCAAGAUCUGGCCACCAUUGUGAGGAAGGCAGACCGCAGUGACAUGCCUGUGGUUAAUCUCAGGGGUCAGAUGCUGUUCAAAAGCUGGCGCUCCAUCUUCUCUGGAAAUGGUGGCACAUUUGACCCCUCCAUCCCCAUUUACUCCUUCGAUGGACGCAAUGUGAUGACCGAUUCGGGAUGGCCAGAGAAGCUGAUUUGGCAUGGUUCUAGCACUAUGGGAAUCCGUACAACCAUGAACUACUGCGAAGCGUGGAGGACUGCCGAUAUGGCGGUGACAGGUCAGGCCGCAUUGCUUCAGACAGGACGCCUGUUAGGAGAGCACACUCGUUCGUGCGCCAACCACUACAUCGUGCUGUGCAUAGAGAACACAUAUGUCGGGAACAACCAUCAACGGAGAACCUGAAGACAGCACACAAGCAGGCAUGUUUAAAAUGUCCUGCGUAGCACAUUUGAAAUAGUACGUUUGAACAGCAACAACAUCCCGGUGCGCUUAAAUAUUAUUAUUAGGACUUAAGUGCAUGACAAAAUCAGGUUAACAUGCAGAAACUGCAUCGUUACAAAUACAUUUGAAUCCACUAUUUUAACAUUUUAAUUGGCAUCCAAACCGGACUUUGCUACAACUACAUAGAUUGAAGGAUGCAUCCAAGUUUAGUUGAAGUUAUUUAUUCUUCACUAAUCUAGCUACAUCACAAAUAAAAUGAACAUCUAAUGUAUUAUUUGUAAAAGAGGCUUUUAGCGAUAACAACACAAAUGAUUUUUUUUUUUUUUUUUUAACUUGGGCUAUUGUCUUCACCCUAGUAGAGAAAAUAUUUAUUUUAUGUUCCUUUUCAUUGCUAUUCCUGUUGCAUGGUAGUAGUGUGUAAGAGAAUUUGACUGUUAAAAAAAACAAAACCUAAGUUUAAACUACACUUCAUUAGAAAAUGUCCAUGCGUGGACAUGAAGGGAAAAUUAAUUGUGAUUAAAGUAUAAAUUCAUAUAACACAAGAAAACAAGCAUGCGCUGUUAGUGAAUACCACUACACCUAAAUGUCAAUUGCAGAGAUGAAUAGAAUAUUAACCACACAUGCUGGCUAACAGAUGACAAAACCGUGAACAUUCACACAAAUGUUCCCCCGCUGAAUAAUAUUUCCUUCUAUGACAAAUUGUUCCCAUAAAUCUAAUUUAUUUCUGGAUAUUCAGUGUUAUCAACACCUCAAGCUCAACAUGUCUACUUUUUGUUUUAGCCUUCAAGUUAAAAUUCAAUUGGGAUUUGUAAUCAUUUAUACUGUAGCAACAUAUACUUUGGAAAUCUAGUGUGAUCACUUAUAAAUUUGGAUGGAAAAAUAUCUAGAUGUGUGUGUUUAUGUUCAUGUAUAAUUUGUUUUGUUUUUUUUCAUAUUCAAUAGUUAGCAUUUUUGUUUGGGCACUAAACGAUUGAUUAUUUUCUCCCAGAAAGUAUUGAUAGCGAUGUACUUCAAGUGUGUCUGAACUGCAGUAGGCUCAUACUAACAGGAAAGAAAGAAAGUUUGCUACAUUUGAAAAUGUUGUCGUCUGUCAUGUCUGAUUUUGCUGUUCAAACAAAACUUGAGCUUCUGAGGUCAUGAGAGCAUUUGUACUGACUGACUGAUUGUCACUGAAUAAAUAUCUAAUUAUUGUUUUUAUUUUAUUUUUGUAUUUAUUAAACCAUUUAUCCACAUAA